GCGCUGCCUGCAGGUCCCCGGGGCGGGCGCCGGCUGACCGGUGCGGCGCCCGCAGGACCCUAGCGACUACCCAUGCUGAGGUGAGUCCGCGGGAUCUGCCGCCGCCGUCCUAUCGCCGCCGCCGCCGCCUUGCGCGGCCCUGCCACCGGCCAGGAUGCUGGAGGAAGCGGGUGAGGUACUGGAGAACAUGCUGAAAGCGUCGUGCCUGCCGCUCGGCUUCAUCGUCUUCCUGCCCGCCGUGCUGCUGCUCGUGGCGCCGCCGCUGCCCGCCGCCGACGCCGCGCACGAGUUCACCGUCUACCGCAUGCAGCAGUACGACCUCCAGGGCCAGCCCUACGGCACGAGGAACGCAGUGCUGAACACGGAGGCACGUACUAUGGAUGCGGACGUGCUGAGCCGCCGUUGUGUCCUCAUGCGCCUGGUGGACUUCUCCUACGAGCAGUACCAGAAGGCGCUGCGCCAGUCAGCGGGUGCAGUGGUCAUCAUUCUGCCGCCCAGCAUGUCUGCCUUACCGCAGGACGUCAUCCGGCAAUUCAUGGAGAUCGAGCCGGAGAUGCUGGCCAUGGAGACCAUCGUUCCGGUGUACUUUGCUGUGGAGGACGAGGCCCUGCUGUCCAUCUAUGAGCAGACGCGGGCGGCCUCUGCUUCCCAAGGCUCCGCCUCCGCCGCCGAAGUUCUGCUACACACGGCUACCGCUAACGGCUUCCAGAUGGUCACCAGCGGGGCCCAGAGCAAGGCUGUGAGCGACUGGCUCAUCACCAGUGUGGAGGGACGGCUGACCGGGCUCGGCGGAGAGGAUCUGCCCACCAUUGUCCUCGUGGCCCACUAUGAUGCCUUUGGAGUGGCCCCAUGGCUCUCGCAUGGUGCUGACUCCAACGGCAGUGGCAUCUCUGUACUGCUGGAACUCGCCCGGCUCUUCUCCAGGCUCUACACCUACAAACGCACCCACGCCGCGUACAACCUCCUGUUCUUUGCAUCCGGAGGGGGCAAGUUCAACUACCAGGGAACCAAGCGCUGGUUGGAAGACAACCUGGAUCACACAGAUUCCAGUCUGCUCCAGGACAACGUGGCCUUUGUCCUGUGCCUGGACACCCUUGGCCGGGGCAGCAGUCUGCACCUGCACGUCUCCAAGCCCCCUCGGGAGGGCACGCUGCAGCACGCCUUCCUUCGGGAGCUCCAGAUGGUGACCGCCCAGCAAUUCCCGGAGGUGCGCUUCUCCAUGGUGCACAAGAAGAUCAACUUGGCUGAGGACACGUUGGCCUGGGAACACGAGCGCUUUGCCAUCCGUCGCCUGCCCGCCUUCACCCUCUCCCACCUAGAGAGUCACCGUGAUGGCCAGCGCAGCAGCAUCAUGGACGUGCGGUCCCGGGUCAACUCUAAAACACUGAUGCAGAACACAAGGAUCGUGGCAGAGGCCCUGACACGAGUCAUCUAUAACUUGACAGAAAAGGGGACCCCGCCAGACAUGCCUGUCUUCACCGAGCAGAUGCAGGUCCAGCAGGAGCAGCUGGACUCGGUGAUGGACUGGCUGGCCCAGCAGCCACGGGCGGCCCAGCUGGUGGACAAGGAUGGCACUUUCCUUAACACCUUGGAGCACUACCUGAGCCGCUACCUGAAGGACGUGAAGCAGCACCACGUCAAGGCCGACAAGAGGGACCCCGAGUUUGUCUUCUACGACCAGCUGAAGCAGGUGAUGAACGCGUACAGGGUCAAGCCGGCCAUCUUUGACCUGCUGCUGGCUGUCUGCAUCGGCGCCUACCUCGGAAUGACCUACACAGCCGUGCAGCACUUCGACCUCCUAUACAAAACCAUCCAGAGGGUACUCCUGAAGGCCAAGGCGCCGUGAC